AUCCAAUGCAGCUGGUUUCUGAGUAGCCAAAGGACUGCACAUCACAACACUGGCAACUUGGGACCUGUGCCUCAUACGAUUCCAGCUGCUACCUGGGACCAAGCCACAUAAAGUGAAUUCUGAAUAAAAGGACCACAACUUGCUCAUCAGCGGAAAACUGUGAGGUAUCUGACAGAGAAGUAAAGAACAAUGAGUGCUACAGAAGAAGCUGAAGCUUUGAAAUUGUUAUUUCGGAAUCAGUAUUCAUUUCUAAUUUCAAAGAUUAUGUUUACUGCCUCUGAUCUUGGUGUAUUUGAUCUGCUGAUGGAGUCCAAGGAACCGCUGACUUCAGUGUCUAUUGCUGAACGUCUGGGUACCAGUCCCUUUGGGAUGGAGAGGCUGCUGGACGCCUGUGUUGGCUUAAAGUACCUGCAAGUGGAGAGGAAGGACAACCAAAUGCUUUAUGGAAAUACCAACCUUGCCAAUCUCUACCUUGGCAAAAGAAGCCCAAAGACUCAGUAUUAUUCCUUGAAGUUCAAUGCUGAAUUUGUCUAUACGAGAGCACAGCACCUGGCUGAUUCUGUGAGGGAAGGAGAGGCUCAGACAUAUAGAUUAAGUGACAUUUCUACAAAAGAUUUCUAUGAGGCUACGUACAGAUCAGAGAGCAGCUUGCGAGAAUUCAUGGAGUUUAUGCAUGAGAUGUGGAGCCUCUGUGGUCGAGAUGUGUUGAGUGCAUUUGAUCUCUCUAAUUUCCCACUAGUUUGUGAUGUGGGAGGAUGUAGUGGAGCCCUAGCAAAGGAAUAUAUUUCAUUGUAUCCAAAUUCUACAGUGACCAUUUUAGACCUACCUGAAGUAGUGGAAACAGGAAAGAAGCAUUUUGUCUCCUCAGAGGAACACAGAAUUACUUUUCACAAAGGUGAUGCUUUUAAAGAUCCAAUUCCAGAAGCUGACCUGUAUAUUUUGGUUAGGACCCUACACUGCUUUACAGAUGAGAAGUGUGUGCAACUGCUAACCAGACUGCACAGGGCCUGCAAGCCUGGUGGUGGAGUUCUAGUAGUGGAAAUAGUUCUCAACGAAGACAGAACGGGGCCACUGGAAGCUCAUAUAUACGGUUUGGUUAUGCUGCUUUGUACUACAGGAAAAGAACGGACCCCAUCAGAGUACAAUGCGCUUCUCAGUGCCGCCGGCUUCAAGGAUAUUCAGCAAAAGAAAGCAAUCCUCUUUGAUGCCAUUUUAGGAAGAAAAUAACAUUGACCAAGAACAUUCUAUGAGCGCCGUGACUGAAUGGAUAUAUUUCAGCCUGAUUCUUUGCAGCCUUAACUGAACAGACUUACUACCCUUGAUCUUAGCCAAAAGGCCGAGAAGUGAUGGCACUGAACGUGUUCAACCGCUAUACUUUGUUUGGCAAAUCCUCACUAUGUGGAAAUAUUCCCCACCCUUUAGCAUUACGGUAGAAUUCUAAGAGAAGCUAGGACAAUAAUAAAAAUGGCUACAUCUAAACCACUGUUGUAUUAGUAGUUGUCAUAUUUUUUCAUAGUAGUGUUUCUUCAACUGUUUUUAAACUACAACUUCCAUCAUCCCCAGCUACCAGUGAUCAGGGAUGAUGGGAAUUGUAGUUCCAAAACAGCAAGUUGGGGAAACACUGAUUUAUAAGUUUUAUAGAGAGAUUUAUAGAGAGAUCUUGAAGCAGUUUCCUUCUUCUAGAUGGUAUGCUGGUU